CUGGCGGCGCUGGCGGCGCUGGGCCUGCGCGACGUCCUCUUCCUCUACGAGGAGAACCGCUGCAGCAUGACCUACAUGUUCGAGCACCCCGAGUACCUGAAAAUAAAGCUGCCUAGGAAAAUACUCAGACGUUAUCCAGCUUAUGAACUUUAUCUUUAUGGGGAAGGAAGUUAUGCAGAAGAAAACAGAAAUCUGGUGUUAACCGGGAUUCCAGUUCUCUUCCUUCCUGGCAAUGCGGGCAGUUACAAACAAGUACGUUCCCUUGGGUCAAUAGCACUCAGAAAAGCAGAAGACCUUGACUUCAAAUACCAUUUCGAUGUCUUCAGUGUUAACUUCAACGAAGAGCUGGUGGCUCUCUAUGGGGGAAGUCUACAAAUGCAGACCAGAUUUGUGCAUGAGUGUAUCAAAGUAAUUCUUAAAUUGUAUAAGGGUCAAGGUUCUGCUCCAUCCAGCGUCGCCAUUGUGGGCCAUUCCAUGGGCGGUCUUGUUGCCCGAGCACUUCUGACUCUUAAAAAUUUUAAGGCUGAGCUCAUCAACGUCCUCGUUACUCAAGCCACUCCUCAUAUUGCACCUGUGAUGCCUUUAGACCGAUAUCUGACUGAUUUUUACACAGCUGUGAACCAUCACUGGAGUCUCAAGGCUCAAGACCGAGCAAAUCUAACUACUCUGUCUGUGGCGGGAGGAUUUCGAGAUUAUCAAGUUCGUUCGGGAUUGGCUUUUCUGCCCAGAUCAAGCCGACAAAACAGUGCCUUGUCUGUUGUGAGCUCAGAAGUUCCUCGAGUCUGGGCUUCAACGGACCACCUUUCCAUAGUUUGGUGUAAAGAAUUGAUCUUGGCUACCGUCAGAGCCUUUUUUGACCUGAUAGAUGAAAACACUAAACAGAUAACUGAAGAUCCUCAAAAGAGAAUGCUAGUCCUGAACCAUCACUUUCUAAAGCACCCAGCAAAAUUCUUUGAGGAAAAGCCUGAAACAGUUGCUGAACUAACAGGAUCAUUAAGAUGGAUCCCGAUAAAAACUUCAAAAUGGUCUUAUGCAGCACACAAUGAAUCAGAUGGAAAAUAUUUUACUUUUCCCCUCUCAAGCCACAGAAAAUCAUACAGUCAUGUUCACUGUCAAAACAGUAUGUUGGACACAAAUAGCUGGAUAUAUGGCUGCAUAAACAGCUCCUCAUCUAUGUGCCUACAAGGUGUCGACUUAUCUUGGAAGGCUGAAUUAUUGCCAACAGUUAAGGCUGUGACUCUGAAGCUUCAAGACUAUCCUUCUUUGACUCAUCUUGUACUUCAUGUACCAUAUGUCAAUAGUAAUAAGCUUACUUUGGACUGUGAGUUCUUUAACGAGGUCUCUAGAACGGUGCAGCUGCCUGUGACCCAUCUUUUUUCUUUUGGGCUUUCUUCAAGCAAAAUUGUAUUAAAUUCAACUGGCCUUAUUCACAAUGUUCAGCUUCAACAUUUUGGUCAGAUAUACCAAGCUUUUAACCUCUAUGUAGCGAGCCACUGCCAGUCGCUCAAAGAAAGAAAACCUAGUGUAUACCGACUUCAUAUCCCAUGGUCACAUGAGGACUCCUUAACUUUGUCCCAGGUCCCUUCUACAACUGAGAUUUCUGCUAAACUGCACGUUGCACAGCCUGAAAAUGACACAACAGUUCCAGUGUUGAAUAUUUAUUCAUCUUCAGAUUGUCAAUAUGAAGUAACCAUCGAGACCUCUUUUCUGCAAGUUCUUGGCCAGGUAAUCAGGUUCCAUGGUGGCACCCUUCCUGUGUACAUUAUUUCUAAUAUUCUUCUUGCCUAUGGAAGACAAUUAAAGUCCCUAAUCCUAACAGGCCACUGCUCCAAUUUUGCCCCUGCUCUUACGAAAGCAUCCCAGCCCUACAAAGUUGAACCUCUUGUGAAUAUGCUUAAGCUCUUGUUGGGGAUUAACUGGUUCAAAGGACUCUGGGACGCGCUAUUCUUGCCGGAGCUGGAUGCUGCUACCCUGAGCAAGCAGGACGUGUGGUUUCCUUUUGUAUCCCCGAUUCUAUUUAUGUUUGGAACUGGCAUUGCCUACUGGGGUGCCGUCCUCUCCAGUUCAUCUAUAAAGCUCUUGUCCUCCUUGUGGGUAGCUUUGACCAGACCUUCUGGAUCUUCCACAGAUGACAAACUGAUGACGCGAAGAAGGUUGUAUGUAGCUGCUUUCAUGAUUUUCCUUGGUUGGACCACCUGUGGAGCUUUGGCUAUAGUAAUCACUUACUUUCAUUAUAUCUUCAAGGUUAUUAAGCUACAGUCCAAUGUAAGAACAGAACUAAGUGUCCUUAAUAUGAUUUCUGAUAAUUCUCAUAAAGAAACGGGGAAGAGCUGCGGAUUGACGGAUGGCGUUUCAGAAGCCUCAAAGCCUCCUGUCAGCAAUGCUCCUAUUGACAGAAUCACGGAUAGUCUGAAGAUGCAUUUCACAGUCCUCAACCUGCUCACGUGGAUUGUCCUGCUCAGCUGUCCGUCGUUAAUUUACUGGUUAAAAAAUCUCAGGUACCACAUUAAACUUGAUCCCGAUCCAUGUAGAGCUGUUUCUCUUCUCCUCAGUGUCGUAGUGGGGAUACUCAUAAACGCAAAUACUACAAAGAUUAAAUCGAGUAAACUGUUGAAGAUCGCCGCGUAUCUUCCCCUCCCCUUGUCUGUUGCUGUUGUGGCCUUUGCACCGAUGCAUUUAUACCGAAUACCACACUUCGUAAUCGUCCCUCUCUCUCUUCAUGCGUUAUGCUGCAUCAUAUGA